ACGCGGUUUUGGGAAAGAUGUUCCGAUUCGUCGAACAGGGUUCCAAUGCCCUGCCAAGUCUCCAUUCUUCUCCAGGGCGCCAGGGACGGAAGAGGGUCCAUCGCGAGACCCAAACUGAAAUGGAGCCGCAAUCACACAAGAGUGCUCGGUCUCUCCCAACGCCGCCACCUAUUCCCGACGAUGUUGCCGAAGAUGUCCUGGUGAGACUGCCAGUAGAGUGUUUGAUUCGAUUCAGGUGCGUUUGCAAAUCGUGGAAUGCCCUAACAAGGGAUUCCUCUUUUGUCGACAAACACUUGGCAGAAUCAGUUAGAAACCCCGAACUAACUGGACAAAGGGUCUUGUUGAGCUGUCGUAGUUGAUUGAAUGAAUACACAUUCAAAACCUGUUCCCUUUACUCCUUGUUGAAUCAACCCUUUACUGAUCCUGAUGCUUUUGAUUUCAUUUACCCGUUUUGGUAUUUUUGGAGUCGUAACAGGAUUGUGGGUUGUUGCAAUGGAUUGAUUUGCAUGACCACUGACUACGAAAAAGUGAUUGUAGUUAACCUAGGUUUAAGAGAAAUUAAUAAGUUGCCAAAUUAUUUUCCCGGUGUAUUUGGGUUUGGGUAUGAUUCUUCUAACAAUGAUUAUAAAGUGGUAUGUAAAGACACUUAUACAAGUCUAAGGGUGUAUUCGUUGAGGACUAGUUCUUGGAGGACUCUCGAUUAUGCAUUUGAUCUUCCAGAUGGUGGUAGUAAUAGUGAAUAUGUUGGUGGUACUUUGAAUUGGCUAGUGAGUUGUAGAGAGCAGAUUGUUUCAAUUGAUUUAGCAACUGAGACUAUUAUGGAGGUAUUGCAACCUGAUUAUGGAGAUGGUGUGAAACAAGGAAAGUUGGGGUUGGGGGUUUUGGAAGGCUGCCUAUGUGUGGUUUGUGAUAAUUCCAAUCAGUAUGCUGAUGUUUGGAUUAUGAGACAACAUGGAGUCACAGAUUCUUGGACUAAGAUGGUCAGCAUUCCAUACCCGCUUAACCUUAAGAAUUCAUUUCCUCUGUACCCAUUAUUCAUUUCAGAGAAUGGCAAAAUCCUAUUCCAGUGGCACUUCACGAUGACCAUAUACAAUACAAGAGAGAAUUCAUUUAGGGCUCCAUUGCUUCCUGAUUUUUCACCACCUGCUUGUUCUGUAGCAGCUAGAAUCUACUCUGAAACCCUGGUUUCGCCUACUGCUGCCGAUUGGAACUGAACAACACACCACUAGCAUAACACAAGGCAAAUAGCUGAGCAAGACUGCAAGAGUAGCCUAUAGCAUGGAGGCCUGGUGGUUGUGACUGCUCCUAUUCAUUUAUAUUUCCAGUCAAAAGGAAACUUUCUUCUAGUUCUAGGAAUUGUAUUGAACUUCAUUUAUACAUUUCACCAUCCUUUUAUUUUAUUGAUGAUACUGCUUUUGCUUCGGCUAAUAGCUUUAGUCUAUGUUGUUGCAUUUC